AUGGGUGUACGUAUGACCGAGGACGAAAGAGCUAGCUUUGUGGGGACCAACCUUGGCGUUGAUAUCGUGCCUUUGACUUCACGACAUUUCGCACACAAGGAUAUGCAACACACUCCACUGCAAGAACCGGGCACAAAAUUUGUAAAUUUUGUCGAGGUGAUGUGA